CUCAAAGCCAGAAAGAAAACAGGGCAUUGCGGAGGAAACUACUGGAACUGAAGGUGGCACGGGAGCGCGCAGAGAGAACAACACGAGAGCGAAUCCUCGCCAGUCGUCCCAGUAGUGUCAAGAUCAUUGACCGAUACAGAGGAAUUGCAAGAGGUGAAGAACAUCUCACUGGAGGCCACAGGAGCUUUGUGAAGCCAGUGGGACACAAUACAUUGAGAGAUGAUAAACCAAUCACUGUUGAUGAGGGGAGUGGAACCUCAAACCAGCACAUUAUCAUGAUAGAGUCUGCAGAGGUUGCAGGUCUUGGGGUCAAGCACGAGAGGUCUGAAGGAGAGGAGGACCCACGGCACAGCAGAGACAUCCAGACUGGAGAGACUGGACCAAUCCUUGUAGCCACGGAGGACCCCACCACCACCCCAGCGCAGCCUAGGAUCAGAAGCAGCAUCCCGGAGGUCAGUGGAAGGCCAGACGCCGUCCUCAAGUCAGAGACAGACACCAAGACUUUAACUGUAACACAAAGGCAUUUACACACAGAGACACUGGGGCUGGGGAGGCUGGGCUGUCCUCCUGCUCCCAUCUCAGAGUAUUUACUUUACGAUAACCCGAGCCCGAUUCAUUCCCAUCGAGACUCAGGUGACGAGACUGGCAAUGAACCGUCUUGUUCUUACACUACAGAGAUGGACCCUGGCAUGCCCUUGGGUUUAGAGACACAAACUGGUCCAUCUAGAGGUGACUGGAACCGGUACAGUAGUAGUGUAUACUCUGAAGGGUGCCUAGAUAAGAAAGGGGAGGGUCUGAUCGUAGAUGAUGUGAAAGUGGAGGGCGACGUUCCUCCCACAUGGAAUGCACAUAGUCAUCUAGGAGACGGACUAUCACAGGGCAGAGAUUUCUUAGACAACAGGGAAAGCUUAAAGACAAAUCUAAACUCCCCUUUACAGGCGUUCRGGGAUCGCGACCCAGUGUCCACGUCGAUGGGGCCUUCUGAUUCACACGGCCACGUCCUUUUCGAUCAGGUAUUGAACUCAAAAGACCGGGCUAGAGCCCAGGCUCAGGAAGGGGGAGCCACAUCAGGCAAUAGUAAAGAGAAAAGGUUCCUCUGCAUGUUCUGUAACAAAGGCUUCAGUUGCUCCCAGAAGGUGGAGAUCCACCAGAGGGUCCACACAGGGGAGAAACCCUUCAGCUGUACCCAGUGUCACAUGCGCUUCGCAGAGGCUGGCAACCUGAAGAGGCACCAGAGGGUCCACACAGGGGUGAAACCCUUUAGCUGUACCCAGUGUCACAUGCCAUUCGCCCAGGCUGGCAGCCUGAAGAGACACCAGAGGGUCCACACAGGGGAGAAACCCUUUAGCUGCCCUCAGUGUGMGAAGAGGUUCUCACGCCAGCACCAGCUUAAGAUCCACCUGAAGGUCCACACAGGAGAGAGGCCAUUUACCUGUACGCACUGCGGGAAGAGGUUCUCAGAGAGGAGCUGCCUCAGGAUACACCAGCAGAAAAACCAUUCCACUGUAUAAMAUAGGAAGUAACCAUUCCACCCAAUAUCUGACGUUUAGAUCAAACCCUGAUUUUAAAGACAAACUGGAAUUUUCAUUGUUGUCAACAAAAAAGACCCACAGAGGCAUUAGGAAUCACGAGAGUAACAGAUUUCGGCUUUUAAUAUUCCUGGGUAGAAUAUUGCAUCCAGACAUUGUGUAAAAUACAGUAUACGGCAGUAAAUACAGUGCCUUCAGAAAG